UUUUACCUAAGUUCUCUGACCCUCCAUAAUGGAUAGGACAUGUUCACCAUCGUCCUCAUCACAAAAUAACUCACUGCCAAGCUUGGUUGAGUUAGGAAUAUCUUUAAUUCACGAAAAAUGCCGUGUUUGUGACCAACCAGGACAUGGGUUUCACUUUGGAGCAUUCACAUGUCGGGCGUGCUCGGCGUUUUUCCGACGUGCGCAUUUUUCUCUGGUUACUGAAAGAAAGUGUCGAUUGUCAAACGGACGGUGUGUACCAACUAAGGGCGGACGAUGGUUUUGCAAAAAAUGUCGAUUAGCAAAAUGCUCGGAGGCGGGGAUGAACAGUAGGAACAUACAAUACGACCGUGAUGCUAAUAAAACGUCACUUUUGAGCUCUACAAAUGUGAAUCGAAACAUGAAAAAUAAAAAUGCUAUUCCAAAUGUGAGUAAUCUGAUAUAUUUUUAGAAAUUUUAAAUGUAAACUUUUAAUUAUGGUGCAUUUUUGAAUAACUGAAACCUCUAAAUAUCGCAAAACUUGCAACAAUUUUUUUGAAUUUUAAACUUCAGAAUAACAUUUUUUUUUCAAAAAGUUAGACAUUGAAUUUCCUGCCAAUAUAUGUUUUGAAAAGCUAUAUUUUUGAUCCCCGCGAUUUUUUUUUGGAAUAAAAACUAUAAAUUUCAUACCAAAAUUUUUAGAGGGCAAUGAAUUGUGAAUAUCCCUAAAAUUUGUGAGAACAUCUUUUUUUACUUUUGCAAAAUUUUUUCUAAACAUUUAAUUAUGUUCGAAUUAAUUUUCUAAUUUUCUGUAACUUGUAAUUUCCUUAAGUUUUGGAAUAGUUGAAUUUUCUGCCAUAAACUUGACUUUUUUUUUAAGUUUCGAGUUUCGCUGCAAACAUUUAUAGCAUUUUUGUGUUUUGAUUUUCAUCGCAUUUUUGUUUAAAUUGAUGCUUUAAUUUUGCAAAUUUUUUUUCUUGAAAUAACAUUUGCAAAACUACACAAAAAUUUUACUUUAAUGACAAUUCAAAUUUAUUCGCUUCAAGAAAUUUGCGCUAAUAUAUCAGACUGUAGAAUCACUUCUUGGCAUCAGUAAUUUAAUUAUUCUACUUGAAAAUCGAAGUGAACCAAAUGCAUGUCCAGUUGUCGAUAUAUCCCUAUUGGUUGACAAAGCUACCAACUACAUUCUGAAUCCAGUUUUAAUAAGAAAAGAUGGCGAUAUGUCAAACUUGGAGCAAUUAUCACUUGGAUUACAAGACAUUCAAUCGUCGCAAAAAGAAAAUGUUCUGGAAAAAAAGUUCAUUACAAUCGCUGACCAUAUGAAGCAAUUUGAAAAAGCUAUGUGUGCAACAGCAAAAUGGUUGGCGUGCUCCAAAAAAAUACAGAGCUUUGAUGAUGACGUCAAAAUUAAAAUUUUGAGAACUGUCUGGUUUAAUUGGGGACGCUUGGAGCAUAUGACAGCAACAGCUAAAAUGAGGAUUCGGGGAAGCUGUGGGAAAGAACAAUUAAUGUUCUCCUCUGACACAAAACUGAACUUUGGCAAUGUGCACAUUGAUCUAAGCUGCUUUUCUAAAUAUUCAUUCGAACAAAUGCGCUACUUUUUCUCUCCAAAUGAAGUAUACUACGAUGAAGCCAUUUCUAAAAUGGUGGAGAUGCAACCCAGUGAUAUUGAAUUAACUUAUCUCAUAUGUGCGAUUUGUUUUCAUAUUACAGGCAAACACUUCGGAGGUGAUAUUGAAGAAGAAAUGGGCCAUUUACAAGAUGUUUUGGCCAGUGAUCUCCACGAUUAUUAUUGCAAAAAUAAUUUUCCCAUGUAUCUUUUGCGACUGAAACAGUUGCUAAAAAUCAAGGACACUUUUGUGAAGCUCAGGAAUAUUCGGCUCGAGAAGUAUGAAAUUGGCGGAGUCUUUAAAGUCAUCAAUAUGGAGUUUUCUCAAUGUACGCACCAAGAAUACUUUCAUGUUCCCUGUUGAGAAUGAUCUCUAUUUUUUAAAAAUAAAAUAUGUUUUUCUG